AAAACGAUUGACCUUCAAGGGUCGAGUGCUCUAGGUCGGUCUCCGCAUGGCUAGGGGACUAAUUGGGAAUAUGGUCUCUGAAGCCCUGGUGGGUCUUGACCUGGUUUUCACGAAUGACGUAUCUUCGCAAUAUUCUUCAGCUCUCUCGUCUGGGUUUUCAUUUCUUUGCAUAGACUUGUUUCAUCCAAAAUCAAUUGUUGAAGAUCUGUCAGUUACCUCUGGUGGUCCUGAUCCACGUUCUGACCUUGCCUACGAAAAAAAUGGCAAAAGCAUCACGAAGUCGUUGGUAGGUAAGGUAUCGACGACGAUUGAUGUUGAUGCUGACAUAAUAUCCACCCGUCAAUCGGGUGCUCAACUAUUAAUGAAGGAACUUAGUUGGGCUGCACAUCUAGGCUUACCUGCCGUUGUCGUCAGAGUUAAUCGCCCAACCAGUCCUAAUCUGGCCAGGUUACUAAUAAAUUUUAUACGUGGAGAAUAUACCCCGAUUAAGAUAUGGCUAGUAUUUCCAAUGGUAAUCAAUUUCAACAGCUCUAAUGAAAUGAGUAAAGUGGGAAACAAGGAAUCAACACCGGAUGAAUUAUCAUUCUGUUCACCCUGGCACUGGUGGCUAAAUCUAUCUACCAUGACAGCUGAUAUCUCAGACGCUCUUGGCAUUGUUCUUGAGAUACCAAAUGACCUACCCAAUGAGUCAGUGAUUUCAAGAUGGUUUAGUGAGCCUGUGGUUUGUUUGUUGAUUGAUACACAGCUGUUCCUGACCAAUUCCAAGGGCUACCCUGUACUACCAAAGAGUCAUCAGUAUAUCAUCAACCGGUUCUUCAAGCUGAAUGUACAAAUUGUACUGACUGGUGCCUGUCGAAAUGAUAAAGGUUAUGCAGCCUAUCAACAAUAUAUUGCAUGGCUUUGGCAAUCUCAAGAUGCUCCUGACUUGUAUGAAGAACAAUCAAAGGGAUUAGAAGAUCAAUUACAGGAACCUUUGCAACCACUUCGUGAUAACUUAUCUUCUACAACAUAUUCAAUUUUCGAAAUGGAUCCGUUUAAAUAUCAAGCGUAUGAAACUGCAAUUUACAAAGCUCUUUGCGACCGUUUAUCUAAAUAUAAUGAAUCGAAUACAGUUAAAGAAAAAUGUCUUACCAAGCCUUCACAAUCAUUACAAACUAAAGAGCAUUUAAACGCUUUUAUCAAUCAUAAUUCAAAUAUUUGUCAAGUAGUUAUGGUAUUGGGUGCAGGUCGUGGUCCCCUUGUCAAUGCGACUAUAAAUGCUGCUGAAAGAGCUCAAUGUAAAGUUCGGAUAUAUGCAAUUGAAAAAAAUCCAAAUGCAUUGUGCACAUUACGUUCUAGGAUAAAUCAUGAAUGGCAAGGAUUAGAUGUACAACUAAUUGAAGGUGAUAUGCGUAAUUUAAAAACACCAGAAAAAGCUGAUAUAUUUGUCAGUGAACUACUUGGUUCAUUUGGUGAUAAUGAAUUAAGUCCAGAAUGUUUAGAUGGUGCACAACCAAUGCUAAAAGAUGAUGGAAUUAGUAUACCAUGUUCCUACACAUCAUAUGUUGCUCCUUUACAGUCCUUACAAAUAUAUAAUGAAACUAGACGAUCUAAAGAUGUGACCAAUAGAGUCGGGCAUUCCAUGGAAACACCUUAUGUUGUUCGACUUCGUAAUUGCCAAAUAUUGAGUUCACCUCAACCAGCUUUUACAUUUGAACAUCCAAAAAAAGAAUCGAAUCAGUCGAAUGCACGUGAAGUGUGUUGUAGCUUUAACAUUCAACAAGAUGCCGUUGUACAUGGAAUUGCCGGUUAUUUCGAAGCAAUUCUCUAUAAGGACGUAACACUCAGUACACAUCCGGACCGUCAUAGCCCUCAAAUGGUAUCUUGGUUCCCAUUGGUAUUCCCAUUCGAGUAUCCAAUCCAUGUUCGUUCUAAAGAUAAGAUCACCUUGUAUCUCUGGCGUAAUGUAAGUAGUCGGUAUGUGUGGUAUGAAUGGGUACUAACAGAACCGCGACCUACAAAAAUUCACAAUGCAGCUGGUCAUGUUUACAAAAUUGCACUUUGAUUAUCAUAUGUGAAAGACUGAGCUAUUACUUUUUUAAACAACUUUGUACAGACAUAAAAAUUGUUUGUCAAUAAAACUAUGUUUGCAUUAUAUUUUAAUCAUAAUGAAAUAAACAGCUUUCGAGCAAACGUAUGCUUAUUGUACAAGAAACGACUGAUGUCCAUGUUGUUGCACAUUUUUCAAACUUAUUUAACACUUCUAACGAGCUUCAACGCAAAUAGUUAACCCUUUCUAACAUCUGAAGUGAAGUAGAGACGUUUCCAAGUUAGGAGUUGAAUUUUUAGAAUUCUACAUUGUGAUCCAUGAAAUGAUAUUAAUGUUCAGCGAUUCUUGUCUGUUAUCAAUCUAAGCUUAAAUGUUGCAUACACUCAAGUUGAAUUCCGCCAUACUAUACAG